AUGGGCACCCUUGUCUUGGUGCCCCACGCCGCAGAGAUGUGGAAGAAGGCGCAGAUCAUUCAAAAGGCUUCGGACAAGCCAGCGGAAGUGCGGUACGUCGCGGAUGGUGACGAGUACGACCCGGAGGACGGCUACACUGCCUUGAUUAACAGAGGGCGUCAGCAUCGAGGGGACAACGGAUAA